UCUCACUCUCUUUUUUCCUAAUUUUUUUUUUAAUGUUCUCUGCAGACCCGAACGGCAUUUCUCUAGACCCAAUUGAGGCCAAGCUGUUCUUCUCAGCAAAACUAGCAGUUUAGAGUUUGUUGAGAUUUGUUUUCAUCUGGGUUUUUGCGAAAAUGCAAGUGGGGCUUGUUGGAUUGCUGAGAGCGGCUUGGUUGUUGGGACUUUGCCUAUGCUAAUUGCUUCGGUGCCGUCUUCUAGGCUGAGUAGGUUUCAUGAUGCUAUGUUGGGAAGAUCAUCAAUCAUCAUGCAGUCUUCGUCCCAGGUGAGAGUGAUGAUUUUGUUCAUCAUUAAAUAGCCGCUAUUACAUUAAAGAGCCGCUGCACGGUUCAAAUUUGAGUCUUUUGGUGUGGGAUUUUGAAAUCUGCUUUUGCCUACUCUCUUGAAGAUUCUCUGUUUUGGUGAGUUUGGAUUUUGAAAUCUGCUUUCUACUGUGCCGAAAGAGGCAAAAAUGGGUUCAGGGUCUACACCUGUGUAUGCAUUGGACAGCGACGACGAUGACGCCUCCACGAACCGGAGCAUUUCGGAGCUGAUUUCGACGUUGAGAAUCGCGUACCGGUCGAAGGACUUCGACCGGGUCGAAGCGAAACUGGUAGCCAGAGAAACGAGACUGAAGAGAGAGAUUGAGGAUGCGAAGAAAGAGAACGCUCUGCUGAAGGACGCUCUGGACGUUGCGCGAGAGAAGGAGAGGAGGGCCGAGGAGAGGUACGAGAAGCUGUUGGAGGAGGUGAAGAAGGGUCAGCAAGAGGAAAAGAGCGCGCUUUUUGAGCUCAGGAGGAAGAACUGCGAGCUUGAGUGUGCGAAAGCGAAGGCUGAGAGCAAGGCUGAGCUUUGGAAGAGCAGGUUUGGGGAGUUGGAGAUUAGGGUUUCGAAGUUGGAGGAAGAUGCCGCAAUGUUGGUGAGCGAUGAGGCUAAUGCCUUUGAAAGAUUUGAGAAUGUGAAUAAGGUUAACGCUGUUCCUGUGAAAAUGGAGGAUGAUGCGUUUGAUUGUGAUGGAAAUACGAGUGCGAUCAAAGGAAACACGGAUUUGCAAAGUGCAGCUAGUGAAAGAUUUGCAUCAAGAGCCACUGUUGAAAUCAGUGAUAGUGAUGAGGAUUGUGCUCUGGGAGGAAUUUUAUGUGGAAAAGAAAUGAAUAGUCAAAAAUUUGCAGACAAUGUGCACUCAGGUCCAACAGUUGUGAAAAAUGGGACCACAAUGCUGAAAAGAAAAAGAGCUUCUUGUGUAAAUGUGAGUGAGAAAGAUGUUAUAUCUCUAAUUGAUCCUGAUUGUUCUCCUGCCAAUAAUAGCUUAGCUAGAGCAGUUUCCUCUGGUAGCAACAAUGUUGAUAAACUUACUGUCCCACUAAGUCAGAAUCAAGUUAUUCUGAGACAAAUUCAGGAGAAAGUGGGAGCAAGAAACUUAAUGCAUGAUUUUAUUUUGGAAAGGAAUAGCAGCGACAGUUCCAGUGAGUCAGAUACUGCGGAUGUUCUUGAUAAACUUGCACCAAUAGUCAAAAGGAAAAAAGAUAAUCAAAAGUGGGAGUCCGAUGCUGACAUGCUUGCAGAAUUUGAGAAGGAUCCAGAACUUUGUCUGAAGGCUGUUUGUGCUCUUUACAGACAGCAAACCUGUGUGAGGAAAUCACCUUUGGGUUUGCCAUUUUCCAGUAAUCAAGGAUUUGACAAGUCUGAUGCCCUCAGGGAAACUACUUUGGUGGAGUUUCUUAUAGACGGUGAUCCACAAGGGAAACUGAGGAAAUCCGUUAGAGAGUUGGAGAAGUAUGACCAGAAAGGUCUUUCUGAGUGCAAAAGACUAGCUGUUGGUCACUCUAAGCAAUUGUUUGAGAUAUACGAGAAGAAAAAAGAUCCUUUCUUUUUACCUUCUUCAUUUGAACGUGCAAGUUCUGGUUAUAAGAAGUAAAUGCUGAUGCCAGUAGCUCUUAGUUAAAUAGUGUCCUAGAUCUUCUUGAUUGUUAAUAGCUCCCCAUUCUGAUUUCUUUUGUUCCUGGACUACUGUAUAUAAGAUGACGACGCAACUUCCCCGAUACCUGCAGAUUUGGCUAGUGCAAAGAUACAAGGGAAAUCCCAUGUUGUUUCUUGAUAUAUACUUACCAACAUUAAGAUCACUUAUCACAUUUAAGGACGGUUCAACCCAUUGCAGAAGGUUAUAUAGACUGUUAAACAAUCUGUUAGAAAACUUCUUUGCAUUGGUUAAUUUGGUUGUUGUCUUUUAUCAUCUCACUGUUUCAAUAUGAAUCAACCUGCUUGUAGUUUGAACCAGCCGGACUCAGGCAUCAUGAAGAUGAAAUAUUUGUGUUA